CUCUCUCUCUAUCUCUCUUAUCUCUCUGCUUUCUCCAUUCCAUUGCUGCUUCUUACAUGGCGUCAGACCAUAGCACGAAGAACCCACCAAUCAUGGAGUCAAAAACGAGACACCCUCUCCACCAAAUCGCCGACACGCCAACGCACAAGCUCCUCCUGAAACAGUGGCUGAAAGAAGAAGAGCUCAUCCUCAGCCGCGUCUCGCACAAAGAGUCUCAGAUCGAUUCCGUGAGACGAGAGAUCACUCAGCUCUACAUCUUCUUCUUCCUCUUCCACUCCAUCUCUCUCCUCCUCCUCUUCCACGCCUCUUCCACCUCCUCUUCUCCUUCAUCCGCGUGCAAGAGAUCGUGGAUCCCAUCUCUCUGCGCUCUCUUGUCUUCUCUCGGACUCAUCUGGGCCGUGAGGUACAAGUCCGAAGUGGAGUCGCAUCUCGAGAAGUUGCUGGAGAGGGAGAAAGAAGAUGCGAAGCUGUUGCGUAAGUGCGUUGAGGAGUUGAAGAAGAAAGGGAUCGAGUUUGAUUUGCUAAAGGAAGUGGACGCGCUUCGCAGGGCGAAGAGCUUGAGGGUUGAGUCUAAGGUCGUGAGGAAAUGGUCUGCGAGGGACUUUGUGACGCUCUUCUUCUUCUCUGUUUCGUGUUUGGUUCUUGCCAUGAUUAGACUCAUUCUCUGUGACUAGAUUGUGUUAUGAAUCUUUGCUCUCUUGCUUUUUUUUUUUGGUAUACUUUACUGUUUAAUUCAGCAGAAUUCUCUUGUUUCUGCAAUUUUUUUUGUACUUUUCAGGAUAAUAAAGAGUAAACAUGUUUGUUCCUC